CGUGACGUCACUUCCACUAGGGAUGCGCUAUAUAAGGAGGAGAUGCUGCAGUGCUCAGUAGGUACCUCUGGCGAGAGAGAAGAAGGAGAGAAGGAAGUGGCCUCUAAGCUAAGGAUUACAGGCAGCCGUUAGUUCCAGGCGCACAGCCCCGACACAAUGCUCUCCCUGGGAGCCAUCUCCAUAGCCCUGUGUGCGGCACAAGUCAUAUCAUUCCCACUAUCAGAACCAGCCAGUGACAAUGAUACAAAGGUAAUGAAGUGUAUUGUAGAGGUUAUUUCACACUCCCUGUCCAAACCUAGCACUGACUCCAUUAGUCAGGAGUGCCUGGAGACCCUUAGAGGAGAUGACAGGAUCAUUUCUAUUCUCCGACGACAGAACCUUUUAAAAGAACUCCAGGAACUUGCAUCUGAAGGAGGAACAAAGAGGGAGCAGAAGAAGAAAAAAAAUGGUGGCUAUGAAGAUGAACUUUCUGAAGUCCUUGAGCGGCAGAAUAAUAAACCUGUGCAUUCUGAAAAAUCUGGUGAGGUGUCUUCGGAAGAUCAGAAGUCUCUAAGACCUGAGCAGUCAGCAGAGAGUGAGGAGAGCAAGAGGCAAGUAGAAGAUGAUGGGGCGAGGAAGGCUGAUUUACAGCAGGAAGAGAACAGUCAGGAAGAUGAUGGUGCUGAAGAGCUGGAGAGCAAUGAGAUCAGUAAACGGGAAGAGGCCCCUGGUGAUGAAGAAAUAGACAACCGUAUCACAGAUGAAAUCAAUGACCAGGAUAUACCUACAGAAAAGCAGGAAGAUACCAGUGUGGCGCAUACUUCUGAGGAGGCAAUGGAUAAAUCCAGACUGACAGAUGCAGAGGAAAUGGCAUCAGAUGAGAGAAGGGACUUUGAGAAAGACAACUCAAAGGAAGAUACAAACGAAACAGACGAAGAAGAGGAUGAGACCCAGAGAGAAGACAACUCUAUGAAGCUUAGUGAAGGUCAAGAGUUUGACAGAGAAGAUGCCACUAGAGAAAGUGAAAGCAGUAAGGAAGGUGGGAAUCCUGAUGAUGAAACCAUGCAGGGAGGUGGAAGUUCACACCAAAGAGCACCCAAAAGUGAAGAAGAAGCUUCCUCUAAGGAUAUGGAAGACUCUAAGCGAUGGAACAAAAUGGAUGAACUUGCCAAACAGCUAACAGCCAAGAAAUGGGCAGAAGAAAACACAAGUGAAGAAGAUCCUGAUCAGUCAAUGAAGAUACCUCCCACGGAACAGAAAUAUAAUCUUGGGGGGCCAGAGCCUGAUGACAGACAGCCUUGGCAGCAGUCAGGUGAAGAAAGUAGUGAAAGUGAAUUUAACGCCGGGAAAAGACCAGAGCCAGAAGGAAGAAAGAAGGAAGAAAGUCCUACCAGGAAUGCAGAGGACAAAGAUCUGGAUAGCAUUGCAGCCAUUGAAGCAGAGCUGGAGAAGGUUGCACACAAACUCCAUGAAUUAAGAAGAUUUUAAAUCCACCACCAGAUGUGUCACACGAAAAAUGUACUAUUGCACCUUCCGUCUUUCUUUUCCACGCUAACUCCUUUGUGCCAGAGAGGCUGAAGAGCAUUCUUCUGAGGCUGCUUGGGAGUCAAUCCUUCUCUCUAGCUAAUCUGCCCUUUAGCAAAGCCACAUUUCCAUGUCUUUACAUUGUGGUCUGCAGACGUUUCGCCAUCUUCACCAAAGUCAUGAUUAAUGGAUGUAGUAUAUGUCACAUUUUUGAGCCAUGGGACCUCGCUAUUUCCUUUUUAAAAAAAAACAACAAAAAACGAAUGUGUGUUUCAUUUUGGGGUUGAGAUGCUUUUUAGAAUAUGUUUCUUUUUGUUAGAACGACAUAAUGCAAUAACUUAUCUUUUGAUUAUACUUGGGUAAAGGGAAUUAUUCUAUCUAAUCAACCAAUUUAAAACAGGGAAAUAAAAUGCAGGAUUUUUCCUUGUCUGUGUUUUUCUUUUAUUUUAGACUAGAAGGAACAUGGCAGCUAUAUGCAAAAUAGGUUUCAGCUCCAGAUUUGACCCAGGACUAAAACGUGAGCAAGUGCAUUGGGUUACUGUGUAUGGAAAACUGUAUAUCAGCCCCAUAACCUUUGUGCAAACACAACACUUAUAUUUAUGUUUGCCCUUUUUUUGCCCUUUACUUGGUUGGAGGUAUUAUUUUAAAAGAAGCUAUUUGGCUACAAAGAAAUGUUUAUCCCAUUAAGCCCAGACUUGUAAAGCAGUUGUUGGAAUUCUGGAACAAGGGUAGACAUUGGUUCUGACCAAAGUAUGCACUCUAAUCACUUUACACUAGAAUAUAAUCAGCUAUGUAAAAGCAUAUAUAGUAUGGGAAGAAAAGAAAUGGCAAAAGCAAAGCCCAACAGCUACUAGCAAGUAUAAAUACAUGCACAGGUAAUAAUAGAGACAAAUUAUAAGGAUUAUUUUUUAAAUAAAUUGGGGCUAUGUAAUAAAAGACACAGGUUAGUUUGCUAACACGACCCCUAGCAGCCAAUCAGUGUUUACUGGUCAGCGUUUGCUAUGUGUUACUGCACCUGGUCAAAUUUUGUGCCUUUUAUUACUUACUCUUACUUGUGGGACAGAAUGUAAAGAACCUGUUUGGCACUAUUUAUGGACUUAGCUAAUGAGAAGCAGCAGGUCACUUGUAUGAUGGUGAGAACACAAUAAGGAGACUGAUCUUCAUUUAGUAUGAUAAUCACAUAAAAAGAUAUUUUGAUCUUAUUCCUAAUACUUGUGAGUUAAAGGAAGUGGCCUUAAGGUGGCCAUGCACAUACGGAUAGUGUCGUCAGCUACAAAGUUUCAUAUGGUUAUUGUUAUGUAUGUGUUUACAAAAUGAUUGGCUUGCUUAGAAAAGGCCAUGUCUCCUGGUUCAUAUGACAGCAUCUGUACAUGUACAAUCAAUCUUGCUAUAACAAUAGAAUGAUCCGUGCGAUGAUACCUUUACCAGAAGUUUAUAAAGCGUGACAUUGCUUCUUUGAUCAUAAUUACAUUAGAAACCCUCCAAUCCCCAGGAUGGCAAUCUUCAUAUUAAUGAUAAACCAAACAAGGGCUCUUAUGACUGUUCCUAAUAAUGACUCUAUGGGGGCCAUUUACUAACGCUCAGACUUUUUUUUUCUGAUUCGGAUUUUUUUUCUCUGAAAGUUGCAGAAAAAAAAGUUGUGGAUUUUUCUAAAUUUACUAUGGGACAACACAGCUAAAAAUCUGAAUCCCACAAUUGCCAGCUAAAACUUGCUGAGUGAAUGUGAAUGCCUGAUGUCCCUUCCCCUCCCCGGAGAAUCCUGGAGUUUUUGGAUUCUUGACACUGUUUUUUGUGCAAAAUUCGUAAGUAGGGGUUUCAGUGCGACAAGUUGGAAAAUCUGGAGUUUUAUUACUUUUUGGCAACUUUUAAGUAAAUAUCAGACAUUCAUGAGUGAAAUGAGUUUGUUUGAAUUUUCAAAAGGAAAAAAAUGAGAAAUGUUUUAGUAAAUCUGCCCCUGUAUGUAUGGCUGCAUUUACCUUGUUACACCCUCUGGUUUUCACUGCCAAAGACAAGCAGAGUUGGCACAUUUGUAUUUGCAGGUGCAUUUUUUUUCUGGCCUCUGCUUUUUGUGAUUAAAAACUAUCUUUUGAUAUCUUUGCAAAGUAACAAUCCCUAAUAGCCCUGACUGAACCUUUACUGAAAGGGUGGGGUGAAGUACAGCCCACAAGCAGGAAACUGCUAGAGAUUAAAGCCAAGGAAUGAGAAUAUUUCAGGUAGGCCUAUUAAAGGGCUUCUAAUUGUCUGCUGUUUGUUUUGGCAGCUAUUAGUAUCCCUUUCUUCUUUGUUCAAACAGGUGCUAUGUAGGAUGGGCAAACUGCGAAUUAGAGCUGCCAAUUCCAUGUCAAGCUGUAUUACAUAUAACAAUCUUUUAUAGGGAUUCUCGCUUCAUAAAUAUUUUACUCAAUAAGAGAAGUUCACCUUUUUAACAACUUGUAUUUAUUAAAUGUACUAGUACAGUAGCUUCAGCCUAUAUUCAUUAUAAUACAUGAUCUCAAAUUGAAGACCAGAAUCUUAAAUGACAUGUUUCACUAAAUUGGACUUUUUGUGUCUACUAGAGAAAAAGAAGGAAUUAAAGAAUGAAUUGAUCUUUUGUUAGAAUGUCCGUUAAGCAACAUACAAAAAUGAAAAUAAAGAUAUUUUUCUUCA